AUGGCCGAAGAAGUCUACGACGGUGCGAUCGGUAUCGAUCUGGGCACCACCUACUCGUGCGUUGCCACCUACGAGGGCAGCAAUGUCGAGAUCAUUGCCAACGAGCAGGGUAGCUUCACCACCCCUUCGUUCGUGUCCUUCACCGAGGAGGAGCGCCUGAUCGGCGAGGCCGCCAAGAACCAGGCGGCCAUGAACCCGGCCAACACGGUCUUCGAUGUCAAGCGCCUGAUCGGCCGGAGAUUCGACGACCCGACCGUCAAGAAGGACGUUGAGUCGUGGCCUUUCAAGGUCAUCGACGAGGAGGGCAACCCCAAGGUGCAGGUCGAGUACCUGGGCAGCACGCACACGUUCUCGCCGCAGGAGAUCUCGGCCAUGGUCCUGACCAAGAUGAAGGAGAUUGCCGAGGUCAAGAUCGGCAAGAAGGUCGAGAAGGCUGUCAUCACGGUCCCGGCCUACUUCAACGACAACCAGCGCCAGUCGACCAAGGACGCCGGUGCCAUUGCGGGCCUCAACGUCCUGCGCAUCAUCAACGAGCCCACCGCCGCUGCCAUUGCCUACGGUCUGGGCUCGGGCAAGUCCGCCAAGGAGCGCAACGUCCUGAUCUACGAUCUGGGCGGCGGCACGUUCGAUGUCUCGCUGCUGAACAUCCAGGGCGGCGUCUUCACCGUCAAGGCCACGGCGGGCGACACCCACCUGGGUGGCCAGGACUUUGACACCAACCUGCUCGACCACUGCAAGAAGGACUUUACGCGCAAGACGAAGAAGGACCUGGGCGGCGACGCCCGCGCCCUGCGCCGUCUGCGCACGGCGUGCGAGCGUGCCAAGCGCACGCUGUCCAGCGGCACCCAGGCCACCAUCGAGAUCGACUCGCUCUUUGACGGCGAGGACUUCUCGCUGCAGAUCACCCGCGCCCGCUUCGAGGAGCUGAACAGCACCGCCUUCAAGGGCACCCUCGACCCCGUCGCCCAGGUCCUCAAGGACGCCGCCAUCGAGAAGGGCGCCGUCGACGAGCUUGUCCUGGUCGGUGGCUCCACCCGCAUCCCCCGCAUCCAGAAGCUGCUGAGCGACUUCUUCAACGGCAAGAAGCUCGAGAAGAGCAUCAACCCCGACGAGGCCGUCGCCUACGGCGCCGCCGUCCAGGCCGGCAUCCUGUCGGGCAAGGCCACCUCGGCCGACACCGCCGACCUGCUGCUGCUCGAUGUCGUCCCCCUGUCGCUGGGUGUCGCCAUGGAGGGCAACAUCUUUGCGCCCGUCGUGCCCCGCGGUACCACCGUGCCUACCCUGAAGAAGCGGUCAUUCACUACGGUCUCAGACAACCAGGGACAAGUGAAUUUCCCUGUCUAUCAAGGCGAGCGCGUCAAUUGCGAGGACAACACGUCGCUGGGCGAGUUUACGCUGGCGCCCAUCCCGCCGAUGCGCGCCGGUGAGCCGGCCCUGGAGGUCGUCUUCGAGGUGGACGUCAACGGUAUCCUCAAGGUGACGGCCACGGAGAAGACGUCGGGCCGCAGUGCCAACAUCACGAUCAGCAACUCGGUUGGCAAGCUGUCGUCGACGGAGAUUGAGAAGAUGAUUGGCGAGGCCGAGGAGUUCAAGACCAAGGACGAGGCGUUCAGCAAGCGCUUCGAGGCCAAGCAGCAGCUGGAGUCGUACAUUAGCCGCGUCGAGGACAUCGUCUCGGACCCGACCCUGUCGCUGAAGCUGCGGCGCGGCCAGAAGGACAAGAUCGAGCAGUCCCUGAGCGAGGCCAUGGCCCAGCUCGAGAUUGAGGACUCGUCCGCCGAGGACCUGAAGAAGAAGGAGCUGGCCCUCAAGAGACUCGUCACCAAGGCCAUGUCCCAGCGCUAA